AUAAAAAAUAAAAACAAAUAAGCAAACGUGAAACCUAGUGAAAAACAUAAACCAAAAACAAACGAAAAACUAACAAGAAAACAGUUUAUGAAUCAAAAAUAAACAAAUUUCGAAUGCCGCCGCCAAAUUGUUCAAAAAACCAAAACAAAACAAAGCAGCUAAUCACAGCAGACAAGCAGCAGCCGUUUACGAUCUCAAUUAGCCAACUUUUGCAACGACAGCAGCAGCGAAAAUGCUGGCCACACAGCAGCAACAGCAGCAACAGCCACAACAGCAACAUGCAGCAGCAACAGCAGCGGCAGCAGCAUUGACGCUUGAAGAUGCGGUUAUGGAGCGACAGCGUCGCGACUCCAGCACCUCGGAGUCAUCGCUGGAGCACCUGGAUCUGGGUCGCACGCCAAAGAAGCUGAGCAGCAACAGCGGCGCGCUGCAGCCGACGUCCACGCCGAACGUUGAAGCGUCCUCGCGGAAGCGCAAGAUGCGACAGCAGCAGCAGCAGCAGCAGCAGCCAUUCUUGUAUUCUGACGAGGAGGACGAACAGCAGCAGCAACAGCAACAGCAGCAACAGCAGCAGCAGCAACAGUUGCUGGAGCAGUCGGUGCAUCGCAUUCGCCACAAGCAGCGCCGCAGCGGCAAUGCAGCCGCGGCCGCGGCCGCUGCCAGCGCCAGCAUCGUCGUCGACUACAGCGUCGGCAGCGAUGCCAGUUCGCUGCGCAAAAAGUUUCGACUGAAUCGCAGCAGCAUCAGCGCCCACAACGGCGACCUAUCCGAGUCGGGCUUCGUCGAUGGCAGCGCGCACAGCGGCUAUUUGCUUAGCGCCAGCGCCGCAGCGCAGUCGGCGACGGGCGCGCAGCAGCAGCAGCAACAGCAGCAGCAGCAGCCGGGCUCGGGCAGCAGCUCGGGCGGCUCCUCGCCGCAGGGCCUGUGCCAUUCGAGCGCCGAGUCCGGCAUCAGCGCCGGCGACGAGCACAUGAAAUAUGUCUGCCCCAUCUGCGAGGUCGUCUCGGCCACGCCCCACGAGUUCACCAAUCACAUUCGAUGCCACAACUAUGCCAACGGCGACACCGAGAACUUCACCUGCCGCAUCUGCUCCAAGGUACUCUCGUCAGCCUCCUCGCUGGACAGACACGUCCUGGUGCACACCGGGGAGCGGCCCUUCAACUGUCGCUACUGCCAGUUGACCUUCACGACAAAUGGCAACAUGCAUCGGCACAUGCGAACACACAAGCAACAUCAGCAACAUCAGCAGCAGCAGCAGCAGCAACAGCAGCAGCAACAACAGCAACAGCAGCCACAGCAGCAGCAACAGCAACAGCAGCAGCAGGCACAGCAGCAACAGUUGCAGCGACAUCAGCAACAUGCGGCAGCCAAUCAGCGUGCCGAGAGCUAUGAAAGCGAUGCCAGUUGCUCCACGGAUAUAUCCAGCAGCAGCAGCAGUGCAGCCAGCAACAACAAUAACAACAACAACAACAGUAGCCAAGCGAACAACAACAACAACAUUGAGGAACAGCGACUGAAGCUAAAGACAAACAUCAACAACAACAACAUCAUUGUGAGCGACGAGCGAGCGCUGGAGGCAGACGCCGAUGGCGAUGGGUCUGGGCAUGGAGAGGAGGCCGGGGCCGAUGGGGAGAGCGUGGAUGUGACACAGAUGAUAACGAGCACGCCCGAUGUGGCCACAUUGCUGGCAACGUCGUCGGGCAACAGCAGCCCCCAGACGCUGGAGCACGAGCUGGAGACGCUGCACAGCUGCCCCGCCUGCGAUGCCGGCGAGUUUGAGACGCGAGGCGCACUGUACGCCCACUUGGAGGCGGAGCACGCCGAUAUACCCGCCAAGUGUCGCGAGUGCGAGGUGAUCUUUGCCACGCAGCGUCAGCUGCAGGCGCACAGCUGUCGGGGAUUGCAGUUGCCGCCGCUGCUGGGCGCCAGCUCGUCGCCGCUGCACAAGCAGGAGCCGGCUGAGCUGGAGGAGGAGAACGAGUAUGAUGAAGAGCAGCAGCAGCAGCAGCACCAGCAGCAGGUGCGCCUGCACCACCAGCAUCAGCAGCGCGAGGGUGAGCCAACGGCCGAGGAGGAGGAGGAGGAGAUGCGACUGCAGGCGAACAGCGAGCGGGACGAGUUCUUUCAGCAGCUGUACCUCAAGGGCAAGUCGAGCGGCUCCUCGCUGCCGUCACCCAUCAAGCACGAGCCGUCGGAGCAGCGCCAGGAUCUGGCCGACAUACAGAGCAUCCUGCACAUGACCAGCUCCAGCUGCACGUCCAGUUUCCUGCGCAACUUCGAGCAGAACGUGAACACGCCCUGCUCCAGCCAGUACAGCGUGGAUGGGCGCGACGGCGAGGAGGAGGCCCAGGACGCCUUCACCAGCGAAUUCCGGCGGAUGAAGCUGCGCGGCGAAUUCCCCUGCAAACUCUGCACCGCCGUCUUUCCCAAUCUGCGCGCCCUCAAGGGCCACAAUCGCGUCCAUCUGGCGGCCGUCGGCGCCGCCGGCCCCUUCCGCUGCAACAUGUGCCCCUACGCCGUCUGCGACAAGGCGGCUCUGGUGCGGCACAUGCGCACCCACAACGGCGACCGGCCGUACGAGUGCGCCGUCUGCAACUACGCCUUCACCACGAAGGCCAACUGCGAGCGCCACCUGCGCAAUCGGCACGGCAAGACCAGCCGCGACGAGGUGAAGCGCGCGAUCGUCUAUCACCCGGCCGAGGAUGCCAGCUGCGAGGACAUCAAGCCCAAGAUGGAUCCCGAUCUGUCGGAGCUCAGCUUUCGCUCGCUCAGUCCGUCGCCGUCGACGACCAAUGUGGAGGCCAGCUCCCAGCUGAAGCACAUGUUGCUGGCAGAGCAGCCCACCAAGCAGCAGCAGCAACAGCAGCAGCAACAACAGCAGCAGCAGCAGCAGCAACCGUCGCAGCCUCCGUUAAAGAUUCAAGUGAAGAGCUUGGAUCAGCUGGUGGAGAAGCCGCUGGCACCUGCCAUGGAUCUCAGCAUGGAUGUGCUGGAUCUCAGCAAGAAGCCGCAACGCGAACAUGACUUGCUCGUGCAACAGCAGCAGCAGCAGCAGCAACAACAGCAGCAACAGCAGCAGCAGCAGCAACAGUUGCUCUUCAAUCCGGGCGAUGCGGCGACGCAGUAUAUGCAGCUGCUGCGCAAUCUGAUGCUGCAGCAGUCGCCCGGCUUUCCGUUCUUCGGGCUGAUGGCGCCACCGCCAGCUGCUGCGCUGGAGAAGUCAGCGCCAGCGAUGGCAGUGCCAGCGGCGCCGGCAACAGUUGCUGCCGUGCCGCAGCCCUUGGGGCUGCCCCUGCCCGGCAUGGGUGUGCCGGUGCCAGCGGCCGGGCCUGUCAAGAUGGUCAUCAAGAACGGCGUGCUGAUGCCCAAGCAGAAGCAGCGCCGCUACCGCACCGAGCGCCCCUUCGCCUGCGAGCACUGCUCGGCCAGGUUCACGCUGCGCUCGAACAUGGAGCGCCAUGUCAAGCAGCAGCAUCCGCAGUUCUAUGCGCAGCGACAGCGCAGCGGGCACCACGUGAUGCGCGGUCGGGCGGCCAACUCGGGCGCGGCGCAGGCAGCAGCAGCCGCAGCAGCAGCGGCGGCAGCGGCAGCAGCAGCGCCGCCGCCGAGGGCAAUGGCAGCGAGCUGCCGUACAAGUGCCACCUGUGCGAGUAUUCGUUCGGCGAGCGGAUGCAGUGCCUGGACCACAUCAAGCAGCAGCACGCCCAGGAGUUUGCUCUGCUCCUGGCCAAGGGCGCCAUCGAGACGGAGCAGGAGGUGGCAGCAGCGGCUGUGGCUACAGCAGCGACUGCUGCCUCUGCCGCCGUCUCGGAGGACGAGUCCAGCACCGGCCGUAGCGCUGGCAAAUAUCCGGACUACAGCAACCGCAAGGUGAUCUGCGCCUUCUGCGUGCGCCGCUUCUGGUCCACGGAGGAUCUGCGCCGUCACAUGCGCACCCACUCCGGCGAGCGUCCGUUCCAGUGCG